AUGUCGGAAUUAUUGGUUGUCCCUUCAGUGGGUGUGGACGAAGGUCCGAUAAAAAUGGUUGAAUAUGGUCUGAUAGAACAACUUUUAGAAAUGGGAUGGAAUGUGGAAUUUGAUGGCCAUCAUAAAUUAACCGAUCUUAAACCAGCUGAGGAUCCUAAUAUAGGAAAACUCAAAAAACCUCGAUAUGUUUCGCGGGUAACUAAAGCAGUUGCUGAAGCCGUAGAAUCAAACCUUAGAAAAGGGCAACUGGCACUUACUCUUGGAGGUGAUCACAGCCUUGCUUUAGGUACGGUCUCUGGUACUCUCUCCGUUUAUCCCGAUGCUUGCCUUAUCUGGAUCGAUGCCCAUGCGGAUAUUAACACUCCUGAAACUACCGAUUCUGGUAAUUUACACGGUUGCCCUGUAUCUUUCCUGCUGGCAGUUGAUGACUUGUUUCAGGAGAGAAUAUCCGAGUUUUCACUCGUAUAUAUUGGAUUACGAGAUGUUGAUCCACCAGAAAAAGAGAUUUUAAAGAAAUACGGAAUCAAAGCUUUUUCUAUGUAUCACGUAGAUAAAUAUGGGAUUGGAAAGGUUGUGGAAAUGGCCCUUGAUGCUGUGAAUCCCAACAGAGAUCUUCCUAUCCAUCUUAGUUUCGAUGUUGAUGCGCUAGAUCCGACGGUUGCACCGAGUACUGGUAAAUAA